UGAAAGCAGUGGAGUGUUGCUGAGGGGAAAGGGAGGAGUCACAUACAAGAAAAAAAGUUAAGCUUGGAGAGAAAAAGGGAUUAGAACAGGUAGAGUUGGUUAGCGGUGGCUUAAAUAUUUUUUCCACAACUUAUCACCACUCUGUUCUUACGGCAGCCAAGGAAGGAAGAAGACAGACAGAGAGGCCAAGUCAAGGCAGGAGAGGGGAAGAAGUUUAAGAAAGGAGAAACGAGUCUUAGAGGGAAAAAAAGAAGAGUACAGACGAGGUCUAAGGAGGGCAAAAAAAAUAGCUGACAGAAAAAAAAAGCCUAGAAUGAACUCCACGGACUACUGACGUCAGCAAAAUAAAAAGAGGAAGAACGCCAGGGGAGAAGUUACUUUGGUCUGUGUGGCAUGCUCGAGAGAGUCUACUAUGCAAGUAAGACAGCUGGGAUAAACAAGAUUUGGGCACACUUCCAAAACAGCACCUUUCUCUGAAGCAGCAUGUUGAUGAAAGAAUAUCGCAUAUGCAUGCCACUGACUGUGGAAGAGUACAGGAUAGGGCAGCUCUACAUGAUCAGUAAGCACUGCUGUGAGCAGAGCGACGGCGGAGAAGGAGUGGAGGUGGUGAGGAAUGAGCCGGAUAUGCACCCUGAGCACGGCGCUGGACAGUUGACUGAGAAGCGAAUUUACCUCAGCAGCAAGCUGCCAUCUUGGGCCAAAGCCUUUGUUCCACGAAUCUUCUAUGUGACAGAGAAGGCGUGGAACUUCUACCCAUACACAAUCACAGAGUAUUCAGCGUCAUUCAUCCCCAAGUUCAGUAUUCGUAUUGAGACAAGAUUUGAGGACAACAACGGCAAUAAUGACAGAGUGUUCGGGGAUACGCCAACCCCAGCAGAGAAUGUCAGCUUCCUGGAUAUUCUGAGUGAUCCCAUUCCUGAAAAGCACUACAAAGAAUCAGAGGACCUGAGUCGAUGGCGGUCAAGUAAAACGAACCGUGGGCCUCUGGAGAUAGGCUGGAAAGACCACCACAAGCCCAUUAUGUGCUCUUACAAGAGGGUGCAUUGCAGCUUUGAAGUGUACGGCUUUCAGACCAGGACAGAGGACUUCGUACAUCGAAGCAUCAAAGAUAUUCUUCUAGUUGCACACCGGCAGGCUGUCGCCUGGCUGGACGAAUGGCACGGGCUUAGUUUGGAUGAGGUGAGAGAAUAUGAGGGCAAAAUGCAGGAGAAGACCAACAGCAAAGUCAAAUCUGGUCAGUGCAACACAGUCCCUCAGGUUCCCUCUCGUCCUGGUUUCUUCCGUUCCUUCUCUGUGACAGAUGAACAAUCCCUAAAGAAGAGGGGAAUGACCACAGCUGCCUCCUCAGCCUCCUCUGUGCCACACGGUCGCCACAAUUCAACCCCCGAGUAAAGCUUUGCAUACUUUUUACGGUGCUAACCCAGUGUCAAUAACCGUCAUGUGAUGUCACUUCUAACAUACCAACAUGCAAAAAUGACCAAGCUGCAACAUGAUGAUGAAACACGCUUUUACGUUUCAUGGAAAAGUACGUUUUCAGUCUAAGAGGUAAAAAAAAAUGUUGUAACCUUUAUGUCUAAAUAAUGUAGUUUCAACAGAAAAGCAGCUUUGCCAGUUUAUGGUCUACAUGCAGCAUUUGCUUCUUUAGCCCAACAAAAUAAUAUUUUAUGAACAAGUUGUGAUGUGAGCUUUCUGAACAACAUGACCACCUUUGAAAGUAAACAGUGCUGUUUAAACUGCAUAGAUGUAAACAAGAGAUUAAGAACCCCAAGAUGCUUUAUUAAAUAUGCAUUUGAAAAAAAAAGAAGUUUCUGUGUUAAAAUUUGGUUACUUAUGUACUUUCUGUACAGAGGAAUGAAUAAACAAUGAACACUUGUUUUCCCACCUGGUAGAAUUUUCCUGUCUGUUUGAGAUAUGCAGGUUUUCUUCUUAAACCAUGCCUGUUACUGAAUUUCAAACGAUUCUCCAUGAAGAAACCCUGUGUGAAUUAUGGGUUGCAUUAAAUCGAUAAAUGAAUAACUAAAUAAGCCUUCUCGAACCUUGAAAACAAUGUGCGUCCCUGCACUUUUAGUUCCUCGACUUUAGCUUAGAAUGCCAAUCGGGUUGGAGGAUUACUUCCAGUCCUGCAGACUACAGACAAAUGCAUAAGGAGUUUAAUAGAGUAGAUCUAAUGAGUGAGCAGGCAAGAAGGGAGGAGUCGCUCAAUGCUAUGGAUCAGCUCUCCUCUCCACCUCAGCCAAUAGGUCAGACCAGGUGUAUUGACAGAGGCCAGUGAGGCGUUGUAUUGGCUCCUUGAUCGCUUAGCUGAGAGCUGCAAAUGGGUCAAGACAAGGCUAAACUUCAAUUAUGUGUCAAUGAUGUGGACCUUUAUAACACGAUUAGCUUGAUUUUGUUUUGUUUUUUUCCCACAGCAAUGGAAAUUGUUUUAUGAAGUGAAAUAUUCAUGACCUUAUUUGUAAUAAAAUCCUAAUCUUCCUUUGUAAAAAAAAAAAAAAAGUCAUUACAAUAUCUUCUGUUGAGAAUGUAUAUCAAUAAAAAUAUGUUCGUUCCAACA